AUGAAUCAACACACCUUCCCUGUUCUCUCUCGUAUGGCGAGAGAUUACCUUGCAAUUCCGGCAACCAGUGUCUCCGUCGAGCGUGUCUUCUCGAAGUCCCGACACAUCUGUUCUGACCUUCGCAGCUCGCUGCAGGCGGAAACGAUCAAAAAAGCACUCCUUACGAAGGUUUGGAUUCAGAGUGGAUUACUGGAUCUGAAAAACCCUGACCCCCCACGCAAGCGUCAGAAACACGGUGCUAACGAGUAG